UACUGAACUUCUGGCCUAGGGAUUUAAGACAGCAUAUUUUGCUUCCUGUUUAUGCUUAUAACGCUGCACUUCCAGGUCAAAGAUCUAUUUUACAAUCUAUUUUGCUCCUGUUUGUUUUCAGGUUGGUGAUAUUAAUUGCAUUUUUGGCUGUUCUUUCCAUACUAUCCCGCACUUUUAUACCUUUCUUCUUUAAGUUGAUGAUUAGACUUUCCUCACAGACAAAUGAACUUUAUCAAUUGGCAUCUGUGGCUUUCUGCUUGAUUGUUGCUUGGUGUAGUGAUAAGUUGGGCCUGAGCCUAGAAUUGGGUUCCUUUGCUGCUGGAGUGAUGAUAUCUACAACUGACCUUGCUCAGCAUACACUUGAACAGGUGGAGCCCAUCCGGAACUUUUUUGCUGCUCUUUUCCUCGCCAGUAUUGGAAUGCUUAUUCAUGCUCAUUUUCUUUGGAAUCACAUUGAUAUUUUACUGGCGGCUGUUAUAUUGGUGAUUAUCGUGAAAACCGCCGUGGUUUCCUUAGUUGUCAAGGGAUUUGGGUACACCAACAAGACUUCUGUUCUUGUUGGGAUGUCGCUAGCACAAAUUGGAGAGUUCGCUUUCGUUCUCCUUAGUCGGGCUUCAAAUCUUCAUCUAAUUGAGGGUAAAUUGUAUGUGCUGCUUCUUGGGACAACAGCUCUUAGCCUGGUUUUGAGAGCUCUGGACCGUGCGCAGCAAGGGCUGAAUUGUCCAAUUGUUUCGAAUCACCCAGCAUUACCCGUUUUCGAUUCGCUUCUCGACGGACUUCGGCAAAAAUUUCAUCACUUCCAGGAGAUGGUUUCAGGCCCAGAAGUCUCCCUCUCACCUCAUCCAGUUCUGGAAUUAGCCCAGCCAGAAAAUCAUAAAUCCUCUCCUUCUCCACCUGUUUCUUGUAUUUUUUAGCAUCUUUGGGUGUGUCCCAACUAAUUUGAACAAACAUGUCAAUUUCUCUCCAUACCCGCUGCAGAGAAUUGUAGUAUUGUGUGACAUCGAGGUCCCCUUGACGACGAUUUCUCGCCUUGUUUCGAAGUUCAAACAAUUGUGCUGAAUUUUCCAAGUCAGAGUAGGCCACCGUUAAAGCAUCCCAGAGUUCUUUUGCUGUGGAGUAGUAGAUAUAGGACUCUCUAAUGUCUUCUUCCAUUGAAUUAAUGAUCCAUGCCAUUACCAUGGAGUUUUGAGCGUCCCAUGUUGCAUUGGUUGGGUCACUCUCAUCUGGUUUAAUGGUUGUACUGGUCACAUAUCCAAGGCGGCCACGGCCUCAAAUAACCACAAGGGCUGAACGAGACCAUUGGAGGAAAUUUUUUUACCAUUUAGCUGAGUGGUGGUGAUUUGAAGAGAGGUACUUUCAAACAUGUUUACUGGAAAAGGAUUGGGUGUAA